UGAACCUUUUAACAAAGACUGAAAAGCACUUCAGAUUUUUUUUCUAUAACUCCAGCUUAUAUAAUAUGAACUAUUUUUAAUUCUUUGAAAGUUGAAAUGAUUGAUAUUAAUUCUCUGUGUAAAAGUGAGGAAAAAUCCUCUUUUCGUGGGAUUAGAAGUAGCAAGUUUCGUCAUGUGUUUGGAUGUGCAUCGAAGAAAGACAAGUGUUAUGACUGUGUAAAAAUCACAAAAAAUGCCCAUGAUAGUUCAUUCUGUGCCGUGAAUCCUAAAUUUAUUGCUAUAGCUACUGAAAGUGCUGGAGGUGGAUCCUUCCUUGUGAUACCUGUUGAAAAGACAGGCAGGGUUGAUGUUUGCGCUGGAAGAGUAACAGGUCACCAUGGGCCAGUGCUGGAUUUGCAGUGGAAUCCCUUUAACGAUAAUAUCAUUGCAUCAAGCUCAGAUGAUUGCACAAUCAAAGUGUGGUAUAUCCCAGAUGGUGGACUUAAAAAAGCCAAUAUGAAUCAACCUGUUUUAGAACUUACUGGGCACAAGCGACGUGUUGGUUACAUUGUGUGGCAUCCUACAGCUGAGAACAUAUUAUUUAGUGUUGGUUUUGAUUACAUGAUCUUAGUUUGGAAUAUUGGGGAAGGAAUUCUAGAGAAUAGCAUUAUUUGUCAUCCAGAUACAAUACACUCUUUAUCAUUUAAUCGGGAUGGAAGCUUAAUUGCUACCACUUGCAAAGACAAGAAACUUCGAGUUAUCGAUGCUAGAAACGGUGUUGUUUUGCAAGAAGGUGUUUGUCAUCAAGGUUCCAAAGCCUCAAAAGUUGUAUUUUUAGGUGAUACAGGACGCCUUUUCACUACUGGCUUCUCUCGUUUUAGUGAUAGACAGUGGGCGGUUUGGUCACAACAUAAUCUUGAAUCACCUUUAAAGAUCGAAAACAUAGAUUCUUCUUCUGGUGUUUUGUUUCCAUUUUAUGACCAUGAUACAAAAAUGGUUUAUGUAGCUGGAAAGGGUGAUGGAAAUAUUCGUUACUAUGAGAUAGUCAACGAGUCUCCUUGGUGCCAUUAUCUGAACCAGUUUCUCACUGGUUUUCCUCAGAGAGGUCUAGGGUUCAUGCCAAAACGUGGCCUUGAUGUUUUGCGCUGUGAAGUGUUCCGCUUUUACAAACUUCAUGCAGUAAAACCCCUAUGUGAACCAAUUUCCAUGAUUGUGCCUAGAAAAUCUGAACAAUUCCAAGAGGAUCUUUUUCCUGACACUGCAGCUCCAACGCCUGCUCUUACUGCCAGGGAAUGGCUUAGUGGAAAAAACAGAAAUCCCAUACUUAUUUCUUUAAAGACUGGUGCUGGUGCUAGAACUAAUAAGCCAGUUUUAUACAAACCGGAGAGGCAAUGCCUAAUGACUGCAGACAGGAACAAUGAACAAAAGUUUAUAUUCAUAUCUGAAGGAAAUAAAGUAGACUACAGGGAAGUGUUGAAAAUGAAUGGGAACAAUAAUGUCCUGAAAGAGACAUUAUCACUUGACAAUGUUAAUCACAACAUUAUGGUACAGACAAAUUCAAAGAAAUUCCCUUGGUCUGAAGAGUUAUCGCCUCCUGCUAAUGAUGCAAAGGCUGAUAUUGUCUCCCACCACACGCUUCCGGUGGCGACAUAUGUCACUAUACAAGAUAAUGAUAGCUCCAGUGAACAUGAAACAGAUUCAUAUCAAGAAAUGCUGAACAAUAAAGACUUGCUGGAGAAUUGUAAAAAAUUAUCUACUCAAGUCAAGGAGCUGAAAAAGAAGUUGCUAUCAAAGGAUGAGAAAAUUAAGGAAUUGGAAGAACAAGUGCACCGAUUGACUCUUAAUAACCAAAAAAUCUCAAUUUAGUUCCGUGGUGUUUUCAUGCUUAUCCAAAACUUUGUUAAUUACUGCAGUAUUUUUUCAAACAUUUUCUCUUUAAUAAGCACAGUUUUGUCUAAAAAGUUCUAAUUAUUUAAUUUUUAUGCACCAAUUUGUUAUGAUUUAAGAAUUAUUAACAAUUUGUACAUUAAAUGUACUAAAAACCUAAAAGUAGAUCUGAUAUUUGUUAAACUAAUAAAAUUAACUGUUAGUGAUUAGUUUUGACUAGAAAGAAUUCUAGCGACUUAUGCCAAUUCUGGCUUAUUUUUUUAUACCUAUAACUAUUUGCUUUUUAUAUUUAUUUUUUUUCAAAUGUA